CUUGCUUUAAUAAGAAAAGUCUUAACUGUUUUGGAAAAUUAAAUACAUUGUUUUUGGUGAUAUAUGACAAAUACAAAUGAAGAAAAACUAAGAUAUACAUGUACCAAUGUCCGUCAGAUGAAAUUCAACAAUUAUGGGUGCAAAUAUACAACCAACUGUUAACUUUGAACAAACAACUGGAAACACAAACAGCCAACCUCAGAAAGAAAUACCUGGGACCUCAAAGUGUCAACCAAAGAAAGAAAUACCAGGGACCUCAAAGAUCCAAGCUAAGAAAGAAAUACCUGGGACGUCAAAGAGCCAACCUCAGACAGAAAUACCAGGUCCCUCAAAGAUCCAAGCUAAGAAUGAAAUACCUGGGACGUCAAAAUGCCAACCUCAGACAGAAAUACCAGGUCCCUCAAAGAUCCAAGCUGAAAGAGAAAUACAAGAAAAUCAUGAACUGCAGAAGUCACUUGUUGUGGCAGCCAUAGAUUUUGGGACGGUCCAUUCAGGAUUUGCAUACUCUUUCAGGGGUUACGAGGAAAACAUAAAGUCAGCACAACAUGGAGGAAUGCUGCAGCAAGACAGAGUGCCCACUGUAUUGCUUUUAUACCCAGAUAAAUCAUUCCAUUCAUUUGGAUACGAAGCACAGACUAAAUUCUACGAGCUUUCUGAACCUGACAGAUCCCAAUUUUACUACUUUGAGAAUUUUAAAAUGAAAAUAUAUGAGACACAUAAAAUUAAAAGAAAAAUGGAAAUAAAAGAUAUCUGUGGAAAACCAUUUAAGGCAAUGAAAGUAUUUGCCAUCGCAAUAGCACAUUUAAAAGAGGAAGCAUUAAAAAUCAUUUAUGAAUCAAAGUUCGGACUGCAGGACACGGAUAUUCAAUGGAUGAUCACUAUUCCUGCGUUAUCAUCUGAUUCUGCGCGUCAGUUUAUGCGAGAGGCUUCGACUGAAGCAGGAAUUGUUGAAUCACGUCUCCGUCUUGUUCUUGAACCGGAGGCUGCCGCUGUAUACAGUACACCCCGAAUAAUGCCCGAGGAAAUACCGUAUGGGUUUAAGUAUAUACUUGCAGAUCUUGGUGGAGGUACAUCAGACAUAUGUGUUCAGGAAACAAGAGCAGGUGGGAAAAUUCAAGAAAUCUGCCGUGCAACUGGAGAGGGUAUCGGUGGCAUUGAUGUAGAUAAAUGUUUUAUCAACAUGAUGAAAGAUUUAAUGGGAGAAGAAAUAUGGACAGAAUUUUCAUCAGACUAUUCGUCAGCUUAUGUAAGCCUUCUAAAUGAAUUUAGAACAAAAAAGAAAGAGUUUAAAUCAGACACAGAUUCACUGAAGCUAAAAAUGGAAAAUGCACUGGUGCAUGUCUUAAGAGGUAAAAUGAAUAAAGGCUUAGAGGAUAUAAUUAAAGAGUCAACAUUUACUGGAAAACUGGAAUAUCAUUCCAUUGAAGCUCGACUUAAAAUCAACAAACAGAUGCUGGAAGAACUAUUUACACCAUCAGUUGAAAGAAUCAUUGUAAAGUUGAUUGAAAUACUGGAGCAUUGUGGGGAUAUUGAAAUCGAAACAAUAAUCUUAGUUGGUGGCUAUAGCGAAUCGCAAUAUCUAAGGGAGAGAAUUCAGUCAGUGUUCAGUCACAUGAGAGUUAUCCUUUUAGAUGAUGCUAGACUUGCUGUAUUAAAUGGGGCAGUGAUGAUGGGCUGGAAACCUAAAAACAGCAUACAACAUAGGUCAAGAUUCACCUAUGGAUUUGCCACGAAGGAGCCAUUCAUAGAGAAUGGGGAUCCAGAAUAUCUUAAGGUUAUAAUUGAUGGAGACAUUUUUUGUGAAAUGGUAUUCAACAAGGUGAUACAAAAAGGCGAGAUGCUAACGUAUGGACAAACAUUCACAUACACAGUGAGCUGCGCAGCCUGGGAACAAGAAAUGAAAUAUGAUGUUAUAUAUAUUGGACUAUGGAGAUCUACUCUAGAAGAUCCUCAAUAUUGCAUAGAAGAGGAAGGGUGCUACCUGGUUGGAGAGAUAGCAGUAAUACCUCCACCAGAAGGAUGGCCAGAUUACUGGGAAGCGGUUUUACAUCUUAUCAUAGGGGAGACCGAGUUCACUGUGAAAUACUUUGAACUUGAUACAGGAAAUGAGCUGGAAGCCAAAAUGGACUUCCUGUAAUAUAAUC